AUGUGGGGCGGCGGCGCGCAAUGCGUGCACGCCUCGCUGCCACGCGGUGCGCACGCGCAGCCCGCCCCGACGCUCAGUGGCGCCAUCGCCAGCCGUCGCCCGCCCAGGCCCACACCACCAUCACCAACUCUAAUAGCGCAAAUCGAUUCCUCGGUGGCUUGCCUUUGGCUGCUCACGCCGCUGUCAGCUGGAACAGCCGUUGUUGCGGUUUUAGUCGCUGUCACGACAAACAACUGGCUCCACACUGAAGAGAACAUGUUAAAUACCUCGUUCAAUGGCACAGGCAAACACGAACUGGUUGCAAAGCACACCGUGUCUGGCUUGUGGCGGAUUUGUCAUACGGACCCUGGGAGUACAGAGUAUCGGUGUUUAGACAUACCCUACUUUCCUCUCUCGCAAUACGUUCCAGACCCAUUGGACUCCACAAAUGCAAUUCCAUAUGUAGUAACCAGAUCUGCAGCACCCCUACUUCUAGCUGUGUUAACGCAAGCUGUUGGGGCUUUGUGCUGUGUUCUUGGACAUUGCGUGAAGGGGCGAAGACUCUGCACGUUCAUAGCUGGCGUGUUUUUUAUUGUUUCCGGUCUCAUAAUGCUGACUGGAAUCGUGAUGUACAUAUCUGUAUUUAAGUCGCAACUAGGUCAUAAACUACGGUACAUGACUUACUUUGACACACCGCGGAUGUCCUACAGCUAUGGCUAUUCCUUCGGAUUGUACAUAGGAGGUUUUGUAGCUGCCGAGCUGGCGGGAACAUCUGCGAUAUUCUUGUUCCUUCAAUGGUACCAGAAGGACUGGAUCACUGAGAUAUCGGAGAAGGCAAAAGCCGACUGCCGUGCUUGGGACCGCGAGUACGCCUUCAACGAAUUCCGUGAAAGAGACACAACACUACUGGAAAGGCGGAUGAUGAAAAGAGACACUUAUCCUCCCACGGGUUCAUCUGCUGCGACGCCACACGAACGUCGCCGAUUCGUUUACGACGGCGACGAAAUGCCACAUUGUUCCAUACACAAGAAUAGAAGGAUAAAUCUCAGUUCCGCGUCUCUUAAAGACCUUUCUUCUUCUACUCUCUACGGGUUCCCUGCGGCACCACGCCCCACUGCCUGUGAUAAUUACUUUGAGGAGUUCAAAGAAGUUCCCCAGAGUGCUAACACCUUGAGCGGCUUAAGAAGCGCUUCGAUAUUCCAGUCACAGGCGUCCGUGGCCAGUGGAAGGUUCCUGGAUUCGACGGCGGUAGAACCGCCUCCAUCUCGAGAAGAAGAGUUGGUAACAUUCGGAGCAGGCGCAAGGGUGGUUGACGAAAAGCCGCCUCGACACGACCGCGCUGUAGGAACUGACCCAUAUAGGAGAACCACGCCCGUCUGA